CUUACAAGGGUCACACUUGAUGUGUUUUUGAGUUGGGCAGAAUCCGGUUUGUUUCUUCCGUGUAGUUACUCGUAUAUUUCAACAUUCGACCAAAUCAAAAAUGACUUAACAGCUUGGAGCUAAUGUGUAUUGUACAGUCUACCUUUUCCUAAAUUAAAGUACUAGCAUAAUGAAGUCUUUAAUUCACUCGUAUUUAAAUUUUGUUCCUCCAGUAAGCGUUGUGCUGUUUGCUAUGUUCGGGAACAUUUGCUCGUUUAAUCUCAAUGUGCAUGAUAUUAAAAUACUGAGUUCCAGCGUGAGAGGAAAUACAUUUGGAUCUAGCGCUGCUCUCUACACAGCAGAUGAUGGUGGCAUAGAUGCUAUCAUUGGAGCACCAGAACGAAUGGCUGACAGAGACCAGGCUGCAUACAAAACUGGAAAGGUUUACACUUUUAAAAACAUCUUACAAGUAGGCAAUACGAUAGGCGAGGAGUCUUUUCAUAAAAGUUCAAUAGAUAUGCCUACUGCAACAAAAGAUGAAGCUUAUGGCUCUACAGUCGUGGCAGCGGAUUCUAAACUAGUGUUGGUGUGUAGUCCAGCAUGGAAAGACACACAAUCACAAUCACCAAGUAGAACAUAUCCUAUUGGACGAUGCACCCUGCGAAGAUCUAAUAGUAGCUACACAGAGAUUAGACCAUAUUACUUCUCGGACGUAAAAAGAGAUUAUGCAACAAUGAUCAAUGGUAAAAAUUACUACUAUUAUGGAAUGGCAACAACAGGCUUUUCUGCGGAUAUAGACAAGAGAUUCAUAGCUAUUGGAGCUCCAGGAAUUUUAAACUUUGAAGGUUCUGUUAUUGGGUAUAAUCUUAUUUCUGCUGAGGAGUUUAAGCUAGUUGUCCAGAGGGUUUACAAUUUAAAUACAACCAGUUAUGGAUAUGUAGGCUAUUCUGUCAAACUGGGUCGCUUCUGUGCAGACACGAGUUCCUUUUGUGCUGCCACGGGGGCACCCAACAUGUUUCAUGUAGGGCAGGUUAGACUAUUGGAACGCAAACCCCAAGAAUCAAAAGAAAAAUACAUCAAAGUAAUCCAGGAAAUCAAUGGAACAGAUAUUUGGUCAAGUUUUGGUUACAGUCUUGGUGUUGUGAAUAUAAAUAGAAAUUCUUAUGAUGAGCUUCUGGUGGGUGCCCCACUUUACACUGAGUGGUCUAACCCAGAUCAUGUUCCAGAUCAAGGAAUGGUUUUCUUAUAUCAAUAUGAUGCAAAUACAAAGAAAUAUGAAAGAAAUAAUAUUGUCUUAGACGGUGCUCAAUUACCUUAUGGACGAUUUGGAUCUGCCAUAACAGAAAUAGGGGACAUAAAUCUUGAUGGAAUGUCAGAUGUAGCUAUUGGAGCUCCUGGAGAAACUGAUGGAGCUGGAAGUAUUUACAUUUACUUGGGAUCUUUAAAUGGAUUUGUUAAUGUACCAAGUCAAAGAAUUCAAGCCUCACAGAUUCCUGGACAAGUAAAAGGUUUUGGUUUUGCUUUCUCAAACAAAGAAGUUCCUCUUAAUAAAGCAUACCCAGUUUUUGCAGCAACAUCAGUUGUUAGUGAAACGGUGGCUGUGUUUAAAUGCAGGCCUAUUGUGGAAGUUGAAGCAACCCUUACAGCCACACCCAACCCUGUAGAUACUAAAGUCCCCUGUAAUUCCUCUUCAAAAGUUCAAGGCAGCUGUAUGAAAAUUAGGUUUUGUUUGAAGCAUGGCAUAAAGCGAGAUGAAUUCAAAGCAUUAAAUUACUACAUUCACUUGGAUAUUGACACUAAAAUCAAAGCAGUACAAAAUAAACGAGCUUUAUUUAGAAAUGAAAAAAAUGAAUCAGCUCACUCAGUCAACAAAAGUAACAUAGCUGUCAGGUCACCAAACAGUCCAGCAUGCAAUGAGUUUCUUGCUGUGCUUCAAGAUGCACAAAUAAACAAAGACAGAUUCACACCAAUUAUUAUUGUUGCUGACUUCAGAAUAGAGCCUUCCCAGAAUCCAGCUAAUGAUCCAGUUUUGGAUGAGACCAAAGCUAGUAAUAGAACUUUAGAAGUAACAUUUGUUAAUGAAUGUGGUUCUGAUGCUAAAUGUGAAGUUGAUCUUUCAGUUAAUGCUAAUUUAGCCUAUGUCCCUUUAAAUACACACUGGACACAUGCUGUGGUCAAUCUGACAAAGGAAAUUACUUUGAAAGUUAACAUCAAGAAUAAAAAUGAUCCUUCAUAUGGAACUGUGGCUACCAUUGAGUUGGAUUCCUAUGUACCUUUCAUCAAAGCUAGAUCAGAUCCUAAUUGUGACACUCAGGCAAUUGGCACUAAUACUACAGACAUUUCUUUAAUAACAGAUAAACUUGUGAUAAUCUGCAGUUUUUUUGAGCCAUUAGACUCUAGUGGUGAGAUCACAUUUAAUGUGUUGUUUGAUAUUGAACAAGCUGAUUGGAAAAAGGAUGAACUGAAGAUUAAGAUUGAUGUCAUGCCCAAAUCUUCAGAACACAACCCUGAAAUUUCCUUGUUGGAUAAUACAAAAACUUUGAAUGCCAAGGUUUACAUUGUAGCCAAUAUUACACUGGAAAGUUUAUCAACACCAUCAGAACAUACAAUUUAUGAUGUCAAGAAUAAACCGAGCAAAGAUGAUGAUCAAAAGCAGACUUUAUUUAACAUCACUCAUAAAAUUCUUGUCAGAAACAAUGGUCCGAGUUUUCUUCCAAAAACUGAGAUUCUUGUGGAAGUUCCAAUUUUUCUUUCAGAGGAGACUCGAUUGGUAACUAAAGCUGAUGUCAAGAUGUCCACACCAUCAGGUGAAAUCCACUGUCAAACAAACCCAAACAUUGUCGACCGACAAGUAGUACCAAGUACCACAACACAACUCACAACUCAUAGCCAGGAUAAAGACUUGUCAAGUGUUAGUACAUUACCCAGCACCACCACAGAAGAAAUUAUUGACAUUGUCAACAGAAAGCGUAGAGCAGUAGACAACAAGUGUCAAGGAAAAAUGUGUUUUUUGAGAUGUCAAGACAAUCACAAUCUGUGUCAAUUAUUUACUUGUGAACUGAAUGCCAACAUGAGGUCCAAUAGCUAUGCAGAGAUAAAUAUCACCUUGGUUUUAGAUUUGUCCAAAUUGUAUAUUAAAGAGGAGUUCAACACUUUACAAUUUGUUAGUGAUGUGAUAGUCAAAGAACCCAAACAUCCUCUGUUUAAAUCUUGGGGAGUUAUAAAACAGCAAGAGACCAUUACCACAUUCCACUUUAUCCAGUCAGGGGGUAAAAUAAAUAUCUGGAUCAUUAUUGGGAGUGUUAUAGCUGGACUAGUUCUUAUUACAAUUAUUGUCAUCAUUCUAUGGAAGAUUGGCUUCUUCAAACGAACCAAACAUUUGGAAGUUCAGAGGCAAAAAAGAGAGAGCAUGAGAAGGUCAAUGAAAGCCAAAUUACAUUCACAGUCAGAAGAUUAAUCACUUUACAAAUAUUUGUGAAAAGAAAACACUGACUUUCUAAGGACAAUAACUCUGCUACAUUUGCUCUUCUUUUUUUCUAAAAGGAAAGUUUUUGUUUUGUUUUGUUUAACAAGUUUCAGAUUGGAGGAUAAUUUGCAUUCUGGUCCAAACCUCCAGCAGAAAGGUGAAGGAUGGCAGUGCAGCAUUAUGACCAUGGAACAAAGGUCCAGGUCACAUACCAUAUGACCAGGCAGCCAUCCAAAUCAAAGAAAACAUUAUUUUUGAACAAUGUUGUUGUUGUCUUAAUUUUGUGCAUAUUGACUUUUAGUCUGUCUGUCUUUCAUAUUUAGAUCGCAAAAAAAAAAGAAUAAAAGGCUAUAGUAAAUCUGA